AACCUGUAUUUAAUAUAUACUUAAACAGCUGAUAUCAUCUAUACUUGGUAAUUAUCCCAUUUUCAUCUUUCUUCUAUGAUGAAUGAUUCUGAAAGAAUAGAAGGUUUUUCAGACUAACUAUCAGCGCAUCUGUUACGAAUGGCCGAAGUCACGGUAGUUCAGCUGUGGCUCUUCAUAGUACUUAUAGCAUCUAUCUUUCUAUCUGGACUUUGCUGGUGUUUUUGUUGUGGGACAUGCGUGGGCAGAAGUCUUUUAAGGAAUACAGGUUUUUUUCGUUUUGCAAGAGACGGAGCAGACAAUAGUCAAAGUCAUCAUCUCUCGCGAAUCGCUCCUCGUCACGAAGAGUUGUGGCCGUUGAAUACUUGGGAAGAGGAAUCGGAAGAGUCAAAUGUAGAAAACGUAUAAUGAGUACCUCAAAUAUCAACUUAAAGAUCCAAUAAAUACAAAAACAACGAACGAUAGGCAUCAAGAGACAAGUU